GACCUGCCGAGUAUGAUCGACGGCGCAGCGGAGAGUCUGCCAAAUGAGGUGCGGGACAGAAUAUCAUUUCAGGCGCACGACUUCUUCACACCGCAACCCGUGCAGGCCGAUGCGUAUCUGUUCCGGAACAUCUUCCACAACUGGUCGGACUCGCAUGGCGUCCGGAUCCUUCAGGCGCUGAUUCCUGCCUUGCGGCCCGGAGCUCGGAUUAUUGUGAACGACUACCUGCUCCCUGAGCCAGGGUUACUGUCCCUGGUUAAGGAGCGUGCUGUCCGGGACAUGGACAUGAUCAUGUUUACACAUUUCAACUCCAGGGAGCGAGAAGAGGCGGACUGGGUUGAAUUGUUCCGGAAGGCUGAUUCUCGCUUUGCCAAUUUACGUAUUUGGACGCCGGAGGGAGCAUCGAUGGCUAUUAUUGAGGCCGUGUGGGAGGCAUGA